CCUCCCCUCCCCUCCUCGUUUUCUUGGCUCAGAGGUGGAAGUGGAAAACAAACAAAUCCCCUCUGAUGAUCCUACGGAGUUGGUAUUGGAUGGUGGUUUCACGGUGCCCGAGACUAAUUCGUUUGGCCAUUCCUUCAGGGAAUAUGAUGCCGAAUCUGAGAGGCAGAAGACCGUCGAAGAGUUUUAUCGCACGAACCACAUUCACCAGACCUACAAAUUCGUGAAGAGGAUGAGGGAGGAGUAUGGCAAGUUGGAUAGGGCGGAGAUGAGCAUUUGGGAAUGCAUUGAGCUCCUCAAUGAGUUUAUUGAUGAAAGCGAUCCGGAUCUCGAUGAGCCCCAGAUCGAGCACCUGUUACAGACUGCUGAAGCAAUCAGAAAGGACUAUCCUGAUGAGGAUUGGUUGCAAUUAACUGGCCUAAUUCAUGAUCUUGGGAAGGUCCUUCUCCAUCCUAGCUUUGGACAACUUCCUCAGUGGGCUGUUGUGGGUGACACAUUUCCUGUGGGGUGCGCUUUUGAUGAGUGCAAUGUUCACCAUAAGUAUUUCAAAGAAAACCCAGAGUACAGCAAUCCCAUAUACAGCACCAAACUUGGAGUUUAUUCUGAAGGAUGCGGACUUGACAAUGUAUUGAUGUCUUGGGGACAUGAUGAUUAUAUGUAUUUGGUGGCCAAAGAGAAUAAGACCACUUUGCCAUCUGCUGCCCUGUUCAUCAUCCGCUAUCAUUCCUUCUACCCAUUGCACAGGCAUGGAGCCUAUCAACACCUCAUGAAUGAUGAGGAUAAAGAAAAUAUGAAGUGGCUACAUAUAUUUAACAAAUAUGAUCUUUACAGCAAAAGUAAAGUUAGAAUAGAUGUAGAGAAAGUGAAACCAUACUACUUAUCACUCAUUGAGAAGUAUUUCCCUGCAAAGUUGAAAUGGUGAGAUUUGAAUGAUGAUUCAUUCCAAUGGACAUCCCUCAAGAAAUAGGAUUCAUUCAUGGUCCAUCUUCGAGCAGCUGAUGUGAGAAGUUGCCAUGUCGACUAUUAAAUUUAAUAUUGUAUUUCUGUCCUCUGAUAUUCGUUAUCAUGUUCAAUGAUGCAAAGCAUUUGUUCGAUGUAAGCCAUUUAUCUUAAAAUAAAAAGAGUUGCACUAAAUUCACA